CUCUCAGAGGCACAAAUGGCGCAGAGCACAGUGAACCCGGCGGCUCUGAGCUGCUCCGUGUGUUUGGAGGAACUGAAGGAGCCGGUCACUAUUCCCUGUGGACACAGCUACUGCAGCAGCUGCAUCCACAGUCACUGGGACAGAGAGGAGACAGAGAGGCCGGUCUACAGCUGCCCUCAGUGCAGGCACAACUUCAGCCCCAGGCCUGUCCCGGGCAAAAACAUCAUGUUAGCAGGUUUAGUGGAGGAGCUGAGGAGGAGCGGGCUCACAGCGCCCCCUGCUGACCGCUGCUACGCCGCUCCUGGAGAUGUGAGCUGUGACGUGUGCACUGGGAGGAAGCUGAAGGCGCUGCGCUCCUGUCUGCAGUGUGUGGCCUCUUACUGUGAGAAGCACCUACAGCCUCAUCACGACGCCGCAGCGCUACAGAGACACCAGCUGGUGGAGCCCUCACACCACCUCCAGGAGAACCUGUGCUCCGAGCACAACGAGGUGAAGAAGAUGUUCUGCCGCACCGACGGGCAGCUCCUGUGUGUGGUCUGCUGCAUGGAGCACCACAAGACCCACCACACCGUGUCCUCUGCCUCAGAGAGGGCCCAGAGGCAGGCACAGCUGCCGGCCAAGAGGGUCCUGCUGCUCCAGAGCCUCCAGCACAAAGAGACAGACCUGAAGAUGCUCCAACAGGAGGCACAGAACAUCAGCCGCUCUGCCCAGAGGGCCCUGCAGCACAGCGGGGACAGCUUCACACAGAUGGCCCUUCUCCUGGAGAAAAGACGUUCUGAAGUGGAGCAGCAGAUCCGCUCCCAGGAGCAGACCCAACUGAGCCCAGUCCAAGAGCUCCAGGACCAACUGCAGCAGGACGUGAGUGAGCUGAAGAGGAGCCUCUCUGAGCUGGACACACUGGCCCUCACCCAGGAUCAUAACCAGUUUAUACUGCGCUGCCCCCCUCUGGACACAGACACACAGCGCACAGAGUCCAGGAUCCAGACCAGACCAAGGAGGGACUUUGAGGACGUGUCCAGAGCUGUGUCUGCGCUCAGGGACAAACUGCAGCUCAUUCUGGAGAAGAACAUGGUUCAAAUCCAAGAGGAACUGAGCCCUGAGCCCAGCUGCAGAGAGGACUUCCUCAGAUACGCACGGAACAUCACCCUGGACCCAGACACAGCAGACCCACGUCUAUCUCUGUCUGAUGGAAACACAAGAGUGACAUUUGUGUUUGAAAAGCAGUGGUCUCCAGAUCAUCCAGACAGAUUCAGUGUGUAUCAGGCCCUGAGCCGGGAGGAGCUGACAGGCCGCUGUUACUGGGAGCUGGAGUGGGAUGGGACAGUUCGAGUAGCAGCUGCUUACAGAGACACUGAGAGAAACUGUGUGUUUGGGUACAAUGAUAAAUCCUGGGCCUUAUACUGUGAUAGUGAAGGUUAUUGCUCAUUUUUGUUUAUCAACGUCAACUCUAACAUCUCAGGUCCAGUCGGGUCCAGAAUCGGGGUUUACCUGGACCACAGCGCAGGGGCUCUGUCCUUUUACAGUGUUCAGGGUCAAACCAUGAGGCUCCUCCACAGAGUCCAGACACAGUUCACUCAGCCUCUACACGCUGGGGUCAGGGUUGGGUCUUUAUCUACGGCACAUUUCCUUAAACUUAAAUAA